UUGAAGUCCAAAACGACUCCUCUGAGACUGAAGUUGUUUAUGAAAUGAUGUAUUUUCACCAGCAGAGGGCAGUAGGGGGUUCUCCAGAAGACGCAUUAGGACAAGUCUGAGCACAGCAAGUCAGAACCGGUUUAAGUGAAUAAAAUAUAGUAAACAAGGACGGCGUGAGACAUUUGGGUGAGAACUUUUUUUUUUUUUUCAUAUCACGCACGUUUGUUCUAUAAGACAUGACCAACCACGACUUCAUAAUACAGCGGUUUGUUUGUUGGUAGUUUCUGUUACUAGAUUUACAUUUGUGUCAAAUAUAGACAGAAAUACUUUAUUUAAAAAAAAAUAAAAAUUAAAAAAAAAGCUAGUGGUGGAAAGUGACUCGGUACAUUUACUUAAGCACAGGACUAUAAGGUACUUGAGUAUUUCCAUGUUCCACUUCACGGGAUAAUGUACUUUAUUUACUCCAGUUAUACAUCAAUAUUAAAAAGGGAAGCUUAAUAUUGUUUCACUUGCAAAACAAACUCAUUGAAGCAUGAAUACAAGUGAUGCAAUGCUAUAAUUGUACAACGCUUUAUAAGGACUCUUUCGGUACUUUUACUUAUUUGCUGAUAACGCUUCUGUACUUUUACUUGUAAAAGAGCAAUUUGUGGUGGUUACUUUUACUGGAGUAAAGACUGAGUUCUUCUUGACUGAAUGUACGUUCAGAAAUAGUCUUUGUUGAUCUCAACUGCAUAAAGUCUCUACCAAGCAGCAGUGUUUUCAUGUUCAUGAUAUAUAUUUUUUAUAAUAAAGGAUAAAAGACUCUUCUCACAUUUUUUUAUCUCGGGUACUAAGUAUUAUGCGGUGCCCCUUUAAUAGUGACACAACGGCCCACUGUUUAACCAAUCAGAAGCCAGCACCUCCAAGAUGGGCGGGGCUUUGUCACCGUUACGAUAUGCCGCGUCAUGGAGCAGGAACCAGCCGGUUUGAGUUUUCAAUGAGACGGUCAGAAACAAAGUCGUGUUUUAAUGUCGCAGCACAGAGCUUUAGUGAGGAGUAGAGUUCAGGUGUGCGGGAGGAUAUUCGCUGACAUUUAAAUUCGUCGGUGUUAUUUUUCAAACUCCUCGACGGAGAGAACUUGACUGUGACGCUAACUGGUAAGGUGCGGACCCGCGCGCUGUCCUUUCAGAGGAAGAAGAAGACCUGUUUUAAUCACACAGGAGGCACUCUGUCAAAGAACCCUCUAGUCUUUUCGUCACCGUGUCGUUUAUGUGUUCAUUGAACACUUUCAAAAAUUGCCACAUUGAAGGAGGGUGUGCAGACACUUCAGAGUGGACAGCAGCAGAGCGACAGAUUGACAAAGGAAGAGAGAGAUUUUGCGUGUGGAAAGAAACUAUGGAACUGUCACUGGCCCACCCAGCCAUCAAAGCCUUCAUGUGUGGCUCCGUCAGUGGGACCUGCUCCACGCUGCUCUUCCAGCCUCUAGACCUGAUCAAGACCCGUCUGCAGACUCUGCAGAGCAGCAUGCAGCCCGGCUCUGGCAGAGUGGGGAUGAUGACGGUGCUCCGGAGCGUGGUGCGGACAGAGAGGCUGCUGGGACUGUGGAAAGGAGUUUCACCGUCCUUUGCUCGGACCAUCCCGGGAGUGGGGAUCUACUUCAGCACCUACUACUCUCUGAAGCAGCACUUCUUCCAGGACGGCAGCCCAGGGGCCAUGGAGGCCGUGCUGCUGGGAGGCGGGGCCCGGACGGUGGCAGGGGUCUUCAUGCUGCCGGUCACUGUCAUCAAGACGCGCUUUGAAUGCGGCCGGUACAGUUAUGGCAGUGUGACCGGCGCUCUGCGCAGCGUGUGUCGGACUGAAGGUCCUGCCGCUCUGUUCUCUGGCCUGAUGGCCACUCUGCUCAGAGAUGUUCCUUUCUCUGGAAUCUACGUCAUGUUCUACAGCCAGACCAAGGCCUCGCUGCCAAAAGAAAUCAGCACAUCUGCUUCCACCCCCCUGGCUAACUUCAGCUGUGGCGUCCUGUCGGGGAUCGUGGCCUCCCUGAUCACCCAACCUGCUGAUGUGGUCAAAACGCACGUCCAAGUGAAUCCACAGCUGAGGACGGCCGAGGCGAUCAGAUACAUCUAUAUGGAACACGGACUCCAGGGGUUCUUUAGAGCAGCAGUUCCACGGGCACUGAGGAGGACCAUGAUCGCUGCCAUGGCAUGGACUGUGUAUGAGCAGAUGAUGGCCCGUUUUGGACUCAAGUCCUGAAGGGGAAAAGUCGAUAAGAGCCUUGUGAGUGAGAGAGAAGAGCUCAAACUCAAGUCCCAGAGUGAGGAGGCUAAUGUGAAACAGGAAGCUACUCAUGAAGAAGUUUCACCACAACACAAGAGCUGCAGACCGGUGAAUGAAGAUGGUCUGCACUUGUUGUCUAAAGACUAACGGGCACAUUACCAAACAGGUGAGGAGACUUUGCUCCAUGAAAUGUGCUCUGCUGGCUUAUGGCGGAAGUUCAGGAAGCAGAUUUUUGGCCAGUGCUUCAUCAGUUUGGAGAGAGUAAUUUAAAAUACCACCUGCACGAUACGACGCCCUGUAUUGCACAUCAAGUUUUAAAAAUAAUUCUGAUUAUUUAGCCUCUGUGAGAAUUCUUGUCUCCUGUUGUCGCAGUUGUGAUCUCUAUAAGACUGCAUUACUCAAGACGGUGUCCCAGAUGCAGCUCAGACUUCUGCAACGCACUUUGACCCCUGCAGUUCUGUCGCACGCACAGGUUAAAACCUGGAGAGACUCUUGAAUGCCUCUCCAAACACACAAUGUUGUUUAUAUUCUUACUUUAUUUUUCUUCUGUAAAACUACAUAUGUGCAUUCAUCUGCCUUUUUAAAAUGUGUCUGAAGUGUACUUUCAUGUAUAAAGAUGUUUACCGUUUUAAGGAUUUUUAAGAGAAUAAAGCACUGUGCAGUGUAACUAUGUGGAACAUGAAUCUUGGUGUACCCAUUUUAUCAGCAUCAGUGAUCCAGUGAGCACCCGUGUCUCAUGACACACUGAAUUAUUAGCCCAGGCUGUGCAGGGUCGCUGUGACACGACGGGCCCAAUAUUCAGCUUAUUUCCAACCCGAUGUUUCAUCUGUGUGCAGAACCAGAAAUAAGCUGCACGUCCAUCAUUUUGAUACUUUUGAUUAUCUUUGAUCCAUUUGAUUCCCUUCCUUUUAAAAAUCAAAGUGAUCUUUGUAAAAACUCAUGUUCAAGUAUCUGAACUGCAUGAUAUGGACUUUGUUACUUUUCUCAUUAAUUGGAUGGGAUAGAAAAACGAUGCAAUCACAAGAAAUAGAUUAGAAAGACGUAUCAGUCAGCACGUUGCAGCAGAGUGUCUGAACAGAAAGGCCAACGACUUUAUCACAGCGCUGUGAGACGGAGAUAAGCAGCAGAGGGGGAGUGGUGACAUGUCAAAUAGGGUUAGGGUUAAAGUAAGACAGCGUGAGCUAUCUGCUGAAAUGAUUAAUCAGAAUCAGAAACUCUUUAGUGCCACGUUAUGUUUGCACAUACAAAGAAUAUGACUUGGUGAUUAGUGCAUGACAAUUACUAAUAAAAACGUGAAAAUAAAAUGCAUCUUCUUAGAGAAAUAUAUGCUGACUAAACUUUAUGACUUUUGUUGUUUUUUUUCAUCUAAUUUGAUUGAUGUAUUUCUAUUAGACACAUACACUUCUCUGUGAAUAAUAUAAAGCUUGGUAUCAAUAAUCUUUGUCUUUUAAACUUCAUUUGCCUGCAGGCUACACACCAUUUGUGCCACAUGUGGAUUUUCCAACUGAUUUACAGACCAUAGUUGGAAAGGCUGGAUAUAAAAUGGCAGCUUGUCCAAUGGAGCAUAAUAAAUCAGAUAGACACUGCAUGGUGAGUGACCAACACGACUCUACAUGUGUUGGCAAUCCAGAUUGUUUUCCCCCAGAAAACAACUCAAAAAACAUGUUAUUCCAGUGUGUUUUAGCCUUAUUUGUAGGCUAGACAUAUUUCCCAAUCAACCCACCUAUCUACCUUUAUGUCUGUCCUUUAUGUCUGCAGUGCCCCUUUUUUAGAAUUACAUAAUUAUACUUUCUUACAUAAGACACGUUUUAU